AUGUCUGCUGCAGGAGCCCCGAGAGCCACUGAUGGAGCUGGGGGUCACACAGAUGGGGCUGGGGUCUCACUGAUGGGGUUGGGGGUCACACUGAUGGAGCUGGGUCACACUGAUGGAGCCGGGUCAGACAACAGCGCAUUUGGUCAGAAGGAUUUGGUUUUGAAAUGGUCUUGGCUCUUCAUGUUUCUGUCCUCCUCUAACCUCCCCAUAUCAGCAGAGCCCGCCUGUCACCAGCCUACAGGACACACAGCCUGUGACGACUGCAGACAUUCUGACCAGAGGGACUCAGAGGGACUCAGAGUGACAUCAGUGACAGACAGACGGGCCUGGCUAAGCUCCUGGGUGGCACCGUGGGGCACCUCGGACAGGACCAGGGGGCAAUAG